AACUUGAGAAUCAGGAAGUAGGAAGUUUUUUUGUUUUUUGUUUUUUGACGGGUGCCUUGUGUCGCCAACAUUGAAAGUAAAAUGUUCUGAAAGUUGAAGUCGUUCAAAGACGGACGGAUACACAAAGAGGUUCGGGUGUGAAGGCCCGCGAGCGCCGCAGACGAAGCCCAAGGGUGUAGGACCAGCUGAGGAGGCCAUGAAGCGAGUCCCCUUGCAGCAGCAGCAGAGCUGUGGGCCCUGGGAGCUGAAGGAGCGACUGGGCACCGGAGGCUUUGGGAAUGUCACAAGAUGGCAAAAUAAGGACACGGAGGAACAGAUCGCCAUAAAGCAAUGCCGCCAGGAGCUGAGCGAGAGAAACAAAGAGAGAUGGUGUCUGGAGAUCCAGAUCAUGAAGAGGUUGGAUCAUAUCAGCGUGGUUGCAGCCAGAGAGGUUCCGGAGGGAAUGCAGAAAAUGGUGGCCACCAAUGACCUGCCUCUGCUGGCCAUGGAGUACUGCCAGGGAGGGGAUCUGAGGAAGUAUCUGAACCUCUUGGACAACUGCUGUGGAAUGAGGGAGGGUUCCGUUCUGAUUCUGUUACGUGACAUCUCUUCCGCUCUGACCUACCUCCAUAAGAAGAGGAUCAUCCACAGAGAUCUGAAACCAGAAAACAUCGUGCUGCAGCAGGGAGAGAAGCGAUUAAUCCACAAGAUCAUAGAUCUCGGCUAUGCUAAAGAGCUGGACCAGAGCAGCCUUUGCACCUCAUUUGUGGGAACACUUCAGUACUUAGCUCCAGAGCUCAUUGAGAGGAAGAGGUACACAGUCACUGUGGACUACUGGAGCUUUGGGACUUUGGUGUUUGAGUGCAUCACAGGAUUUCGCCCUUUCUUACCAACCUGGCAACCUGUUCCUUGGCACAAUAAACUGAACCUGAAGCAGGACACCGAUAUUGUCGUCUAUGAGGACCUCUUGGGGGAAGUCCGCUUCUCUAAACAUCUGCCGCAGCCCAACAACCUCAACAGUUUGUUGUUAGAGAAAAUGGAGAGAUGGCUGCAGCUGAUGUUGAAGUGGUGUCCUCGAGAGAGAGGCAAAGACCCCGAGUCUACGCCCAGCGACUGCUUCUCCCAGCUGGAGCUCAUACUGCAGCUCAAGCUGGUACAUGUCCUGAACAUGAUGUCUGCUAAGAUCCUGACAUACUCAGUGUCGGAUGAGGAGACUGUAGCAGACCUGCAGCUGAGGAUAGAAAAAGACACGAGCAUCCCUGCAGCCAAUCAGGAGCUACUGCUAGAGGCGGGCAUAGCCUUGGAGCCUCAUGGACUGGCCACACAGUGCGCCAUAGAUUACAAAGAGAUAGACGGGCGGCGGACGGACUUGCCUCUGGUGUUCUUGUUUGAUCGUUCCUCCUGCAGUUAUGAACCUCAGUUUGCUCCUCGCACUCUUCCGGAAAAUAUCCGCUUCGUCCAAACCGACCCUCAGCACGUUCUGGCUUACAGCCCUCUGAGGAGGACUUGUGGCCAGGCGUGGCACACCAUCCGCUCCCUGAAGGAAGACUGGCAAAGACUGCAGCAGGGCCAGAAAGCUGCCAUCAUGAGCCUGCUGAGACACAACUCCUCACUGUCCAAACAGAAGAACGAGAUGGUGUCCAUGCACCAGAGACUCAUGGCCAAGCUGGACUUCUUCACCACCAGCCUGCACAUUGACAUGGACAAAUACCAGGAGCAGACAUCCACCGGGAUCGCAUCAGAGAAACUCCUGGGCGUGUGGAGGGAGAUGGAGCAGACAGCUGUCAGCUGUGGUCAGGCCAAGGUGAGCGAACUGGAGGAGGAGAUGAUGCAGCUGCAGCCAGACAUCGUGGAUGUGCAGAGACAGCCGUGGAGGAGUGGAGAGGCCCUCGACACACUUGAAGGGAAGGCCAUGGAGCUGUUCCGCAAACUCAGAGAGAAACCCAGAGACCAGAGGUGCCCAGGAGACGGUCAGGAGGUGGUGCGCCUGGUGGUUCAGGCUGUGCAGUUCUACGAGAGGAAGCUGAGAGACUUCUACACACACCUCAGUAAGACCGCCGUGUGCCGCCAGCGUGUGAUGGAGCUGCUGCCGAAGGUGGAGGGCGUGGUCCAGAGGAUGGCCGAGAGCGAGCAGGUCCUGAUGAGUCUGCAGGAGAAACGACAGAGGGAGCUGUGGAACCUGCUCAAAGUCGCCUGUAGUAAAGUUCGCAGCCCAGUGAGUGGGAGUCCUGAUGGAUUAAGAACCCCCUCUUCAGUGCCGCCUCUGCUGACCCCCAGACACAGCUUACAGCAGUUUGACGAGUCUCUGGUGGAGGAGAGCAGGACGUUUGAGAGUCGACUCCAGAGUCUGCUGCAUGACACCAUCCAGGAAUCAGAGAGCAGUAUGGAGAUGCUGAGCGAGUGGACGUGGCUGCGCGGAGGCCAGAGCUUCUCCAGCGACCUCUCCUAAACCAGAGUUCACGCUCUGCUUACGUGUGGUACUCUGCUGCCUCUGUGUGGAUGCGAUGUCAAACUACAUGAGGCUUCUUUUUUAACAAUGUGAAUACGUUAAUUAACUGCUGGCACAUAUUUGCUGAAUGAGAUUAGAGAAUAGGUGCCAUUGUACAAGAGGAAAAGGAAUGACAACCUACAAUCUAUUCCAUGUGUGAUUGGGAUUAAAGCAGGAUCUUAUUUAUUUACAUGUUAGUAAGUUUUGGGAUAAAAUUGCACUUCAUUAUGCACAUAUCUGCCGUUACAUUGGUAACGUGAAGCACAAACCAUUACAAAAAAUCCCACUCGGGACUCGGGGCGUCACGAUUUCAAAUUCUAAAUCAAAAUUGCAUUGGAUUUAGAUUAGCACACUCAAAAACAGGAAUUGCGAUUCUGCAAGUAUCUAGAUUUUUUUCUCUUCCUCAUUGCCUUCUUGUGUCUGUCUGGCACAUGUCCAAAGAAAAACAAGAACGACAUAAAAAUCUAGGUUUUGCGGUUGAAACCUGAGCUGUCAUGACUCUUCUUUUUUUGUAGCAGCCUGUUGGUAGUUAACUGGUGAAAUACAUUUUUAAGAAAUGAUGGCCGCAGUAUUUUAUAUCCCACAGAAAGUAAUGUUGGUAUCACACUUGAUACCAUUGAUCCAUCUAUCUUUUUGAAGGAUACUGUAAAUGAUGGCUGUCAGGGCAUGAAACCAGUAAUCUGUUGAUCUUUACAAAUCAAAUCAAGACUUGACAGUCUGACAACAGCCGGGAUGUCAGUGCUGAAAAAUGAAUGAAAUUAAAACUGAAUGGAGUCGCGACUCUAAAAUCAAAAGUCAAGUCAAAUUCCGUAUUUGGAGAAUCUUGACAACCCGAGUCAGAACCUAGCUGAAUACAAUUCUACAGUGUUACGGUCUUUCUUACAGACGUAAAAACAUUGUUUUGUUGAAGAAUUGAGAAAUGUAAAUGUAUGUUUUUAUAAAAGAAAUGGACAAAAAACAUUUCUCUUAUGUUUAAAACUAAAUAAUCUUGUUACAUUUGCCUCAUAUUUAGCCGACUUUUACCAGAAAACUACAGAUCACACUUUAAAACAGGGUUUUAUUCAGAUUCUAAAGUUAUCUCUGCUGAACUUUGUGUUAUGAGCCUCAGUGUAAAUGUUUAUUUGCUGUGUUUCUUAGUGGACCAUCACAUUUUGUAUUGCUAAUUUGAUUUUGAUAAGAAAAUGUUUUUACAAUAUUUGGACUUUUAUAACUGUAAAAAAUGACUGUUUUCACUGCA